GUAGUGAGACCACACCUCCAGUUACAGGAAAUUAUAAUAUGGUGGAUUUAUGUUAGAAGAAACGAAAGAAAUAAGGAUCAAAGCGAGUUUUUAUUAUUUGGUCAUUCAAGAGCAGAAUAAUAAUGAUUGUCCUAGUCUAUCUCUCUCUCUCAGUCCUCUCUGUCCUUUGUGCUGUGGCUUAUUUCAAACUGCGCAUAACUCAAGACCAAUCUGCUCAGAAUCCAAACUUCAUUCAAUUCCAGAGGAAGUUCAUCCCCAUAUACUUACUGGCAGUCCUUGGAGACUGGCUCCAGGGGCCCUAUCUCUACAGAUUGUAUCAUUAUUAUGGCUACCUUGAGCAUCAGGUGGCUGUCAUUUAUGUUCUAGGACUCGUAUCAAGUGCAUUUGUGUUUCCUGCUAAAGAUCUCAUCACUAACAAGUAUGGUAGUCGUAGAGUUGUGGUCAUAUCCUCCUUGUUGUAUGGUUUCUCUUGUUUCCUGACUCUCUCAAGCCAUUACUGGGUCCUAGCUAUAGGAAGAUGUCUUGCCGGAGCUGCUAAUACUCUUCUCUUCUCAUCGCUUGAGGCCUGGUAUUUAGGAGAGCAUUUGAAUACGUAUGACUUCCCAAAGGAAUGGAUAAGUGUCACGUUCAAUCACAUUGCAUUCGGUAAUGGGAUAAUGGCUGUCAUUGCUGGACUCUUGGCCGAUCUUUUUGCACGAUGGCUCCAGUUGGGACCUCCUUCUCCUUUUGUACUAGCAGUCCCUGUCCUACUAGCUGUGGUUAUACUAGUACUGGCUCUGUGGAGUGAUGGGAAAGACAGUAAUAAUAAAGACCAGCUGAAACUGGAGGAGAUAAGGAAGAGUUUAAGAGAAGGACUCAAGGCCAUUACUCCUGAUGUGUUCUUGAUUGGUACCAUUGAGAGCCUCUACGAGAGCUCCCUAUUUGUAUUUGUAUUUAUAUGGACUCCGGCAAUUGGUGGUAGACUAAAAAGAUCAUCAGACAAUGUACUCAUUUCAUCUCAAGGAUUGCUAAUGAGCGAUAUACCACUGGGAGUCACCUUUGCUUCUUUCAUGGUCUGCUUUAUGCUAGGAGGAAUCAUCCAUGACUACUUGAGACACAAAGUGAAGUAUAGACUACCAAAUCUACUCCUUCCUGUCAUUGCUAGCUCCGCUGUCCUCUUCUUUAUCUCGUCAUUUCUCAGCUACAAUGAUCCUCCACUCCUCUUUCGCUUUACUGUCCUCAUUUGUCUCCAACUGAUAGAGUUUGGGUGUGGGUUUUAUUUCCCUAUAAUGAGGACGCUCCGCGAUAAGAUCCUACCUGAAGAGAACCGUCUCUCGAUCAUAAUACUAUUUAGGAUUCCACUCACUCUUCUCUCUGCCCUAGCUCUUUUGCUGUUGCAUGAUGCUUCAGGUGGAGUGUCUGAGAUAUUUCUAUUCUGUGCCAUUUUGAUGGUCAUUGCUUUAGUCUGUUCUAUUAGGUUCGUUAGAAUGUCAGGAUCAGCUAGUUUUAGCGAUGAAGAACAACAGCUGCCAUCAUAAUAACAGAAUCAUAUCUUAUUGUUAGAAUCCCAUGCAUUAUGAAUAAUAAUAAUAAUAUUGCUAUUAUUUAUAUACAAAUUGGUCAUUAAUUAUUUUCAGCAAAAGUCACUGCUGCUUAAUUUA